ACCUUAAGCCGAGUUAUGAAGACGCUCACGGAUGUAGAAGACGAGCAAGCACCUGGCGAUGCAGACGAAAGCAGAAUCCCGGAAGUUGCUGCCAAGUCAAACAAAACUACAAGUUUUCUAUUUGACAAUGCUAAAAUGUCGUAUUGGUCAUAUUUGUGGCGAAUGACACGUCGGUAUGUGUUGUGUCCAGAGUCAUUCAUACUUUUGGUUUUUUUAGUGGUGGUUUACAACACAUUUGUAAACGUGCCACCGCUCUGGAGGCGAGCGAAAGAAAAAUUAGGGAUUCCAUCCAGAAAUAAUUUUCACAACAUUUAUAAGUCAGCAGGCAGCUCUCAACGGAAUGAAGAUUUAUACUGGCCAUCAGAUCCAAAUAAAUUAUCCUGGGAGUUUAAAAGUCGCAAUGCAGCUGCAUACUCGAUUCAAGGAAGGAGACCUCAUAUGGAAGAUAGAUUUCGCGUUCAUAAUAAUGGAAGUAAAGUUGCAAUGUAUGGAAUUUUUGAUGGACAUGGUGGUGAUUUUGUAGCACAGUAUGCUAAAGAAAAGCUGUUUUCCAUGGUGCUGUCAAAUGUUAACGACAAUGAUGAAGAACAUGGAGAGAUAUUAACGAAGCAAAUUUUAGAAGUUGAUGAAGAGAUUCUUCAGCAUGUGAAACAACAAGCAGAUAUUUCAGGAUCAACAGCUCUUGUUGCCAUGGUUACCAGUGAUACUCUGACAGUUGCUAAUGUUGGUGACUCUAGAGGUGUAAUGUGUGAUAAAGAUGGCAAAACUGUUCUUCUUUCUGUCGAUCAUAAACCAAAUGAGACAAAAGAACAUCAAAGAAUAAAAGAUGCUGGUGGUUUUGUGGGAUUUUAUGGCGUUUGGCGGGUGGCAGGGAUCCUUGCUACCUCUAGGGCUCUCGGCGACUACCCUUUGAAAGACAAACGUUUUAUCAUUGCCGAACCAGACAUUUUAACAUUUAAUCUAAGAGAAGUUCAACCUAAAUUUAUAAUUUUAGCUACAGAUGGUUUAUGGGAUUGCUUUUCAAAUGAGGAGGCGGUGCAAUUUAUUUUAGAACGUUUAGAUGAACCUCAUUUUGGUGCUAAAAGUCUUAUUUUACAAGCGUAUUAUCGUGGGUCGCUAGAUAAUAUAACUGUUAUGGUAAUAAAGUUUGAUAAAAGUAAUUUUGAAACUAAAAAAAGCUAGUAAAGGUUUGGUUGUUAUAUCUGUUUUUUGUUAAUUUUAUUUUGUUUUUACUUCUACCACUACCAUAUUUUUCAAAUUGUUUUUCUCAAAAUCUAUAUACUCUGUCAAGUACUUGGUUUUUAGUACACUUUGUUUUAUACUCAUUUAAUGUGUAAAGUUUUAUAUAUGUAUUCCUCUAAAGAUAUAUUCUGUUAGUUGCAUGUUUCAUCAAAGAAAGUUAAACAAAUUUUUCUUUAAGAGUGUACAAAUGUUUUCUUUAAGGAUAUCCGGCAUUUUGAAAAGUGUUUCUUUGAAUAUUUCUUUCUAUUAACAAUUUUCAUGCCGGAUAUUAAUGCUAAAUCAUUAAAGACAAAAUGUCUUAGAAGCUAAUGUUCUUCAAGCUCACAGGGUGUGAAGAAAUUUCUUAACUGUAGAAAAAUCUUAACUAAAGUGAUUGAUUUGACAUGCAGAUAUGUUUCUGAUAUUUUUUAACACAUUGAAUCACGACCUUUUAAAACAAUGUGUGAAUAUGCAACAGUAUUUUAAUGAGUAGGAUAACAUUUUGGUGCAUUUUUCUCCUAUACUGAACAAUUUUGUUUACAUUGUAAUUUUACACAUUCAGUUCAUAUGAUGUCAAAGUGCAUACUGGUAAUUUCUAAUUCUUUAAGUGAAUGGAGUUAUUGCCCCUUGCAAGAGAAGUUUUUUUUUCAAAUUUGGGAAAAAAUCAUUUUGUACACCAUUAGCUUUUACGUCACAACCACACUGGAUUUGAAUUGAAGACUUACAUUGUUUUAUAUUUUUAGCUGUGUAUGAAUAUUUUUGUUAACAAUACACUAUAAGCUGUUGUAAAGCAGCAAAGUAUGUGACAGAUGGCUUGAAUGUGCUAUAAACUCAAAUUUUUCUGUGAUUUCUUAUGUAACAGCUAUUCCUAUAUGUUGUCUGAAAAUCUUUGUAUUGAAUUUUAAUAGAAAUUGUAACAUUUUGCUUGAUGCAAUGGGUAGAAACAAUUAUUGGCAUCAUGUUAAACUUACAGGGCUGUCAAUGGGAAAAAUGGUAGCUUCUUCAAAAAUCAAAUUUGUUUUUUUAUAAAAGGAAAAGUAUUCUCAAGGGAUUUACUUCAGCUAUAUUUGCAGUCUGUAGGUAGUAGCAAAAAUAAAUACCCAUGAAAGUGCUUUUAUUAAUUAAUUAAUUUUUAGAAUAGAUAGUCAGUUAUAUUUCACAAGAUGGCUAUAUAUCAUGAAUCUAUACUGGGCACUUCAAUACAAAUUUUUAAAAAGCAAACUGAGCCACACGAAAUAUCUUGUUUUACAUUAUCAGUAGAUAUCAGCAUUUCCAAGAUAAGUUGCCUAUACUGCUGUUUGUUCAGAAGGAUGUUUUUGUAUGAAAGCUGCAACCUAAAAUAUUUUUUUUGCAAGAUUCUGUUAAAUUUAGUUUUUAAUUUAUUGACAAGAAAGUUUUUGAUGUGGUAUUUUUCUUUGACACAAAAACAUUUUGAUAAAUAUUGACUUUGUUUGUGAAUGGAUAUUUACAGAACUUUACUGGUAUCUUAGUUAGCAUAAAUGCAACAUAGCUUUGCAAAUAUUGUGUUAAAUUAAAAAAAAAAAGCAACAAACAAGUUUUCUUUUGAGAUUGUGAUUUUGCAAGAUUUACAAAAUGGAAAAAAAAUUUAACCAUAAAAUUGAUAUUAUUAAAGCAGAAAUUUUAUUGGCAGCAUUUUUGAAAUGUUUUUAUUUCAUACCACGCCUUGACAAAAUAUUUUUUAAAAUAAUAUGAAUCUAAAAAAGAAAUCUGAUGUUUUCUGUUGCCAUUUUUAGAUCAGCAGUUACUGACAUGUUACAUUGUUUUGUAUAUCAGUAGGUUUAUAGAGUAUGGUCUAUAUUAUUAUGUCUCCCACACCACUGUGGUGGGAGACAUUGAUUUAGUCCUGUCUGUGUGUGUGUGUGUCCGUCUGUCACAAAUCUUGUCCGUGCUCUAAGUUUUAAACAUUUCUCAUCCAAGUUUCAUCAAACUUGAACAUAAUGUGUUUGCCAAUAAGUCCUCGGCCAAGUUUGAUAAAUAGCCAAAUCGGCCUAGGCACUUCAGAAUUAUGGCCCUUGAAUUACUGAAAAUACAGAUGCCUGUGAUAUAUGUAUUGGUGCAGGGUUGACUCAAAUACAUAAUUAUACAGAUGGUUAGGCAGUUGUGGGAGGCAUGUGCUUUUCUCAAAAGCAGCUCUAGUUUAUGUAUAUGUCUGUUAAUGUAGUAUUGAUAUUUUAUGUUUUUUCAUUCCACAGUCUAGUUUAAUUAAUUUUCCAUUGUAGGAGUGGAGCCCUUCCUCAAACUAACCUUUACUUAGUGCAAUAUUUGAAAAAUGGUUUAUAGGCAUAUAACUGAUAGGCUAUAUGUAAUACUGGUAUGCAUUAACCCUUAUCAUUUUGGGUACAAUUGAUUCUGCCUUUGCAACCAGUGUAGAUCAUGAUCAGACUGCACAGAUGCACUGUUUGUCAUUCAUUCUGUACCUUUUUGGUAAGCACCCCUUUUAACAGUUAAUGGUACUGUCCAAGCUGAAAAAUGGACAAGUUCAUUAUAGAAAUUCAGCAUGGUAAGGGUUAAUUUCAGUGUUGGAUUCUGAAUAGUCUCUAAAGGAACCUUUUCAAAUUCAAUAUCAGCCUAAACAUAUCCAAUUGAAUAUAUAGAUGUGCAAUAAAAACCUAAGGAGGUAUUAAUCUAUGAUUUAAGUCUGAAAUGUUGAAUUUUCUUUUUCUUCUUUUGCAUUGUAACAGCCUAUGUGGAACUUUACAUGAAUGUCUGCAGCAACAGAUAGCAAAAAUGAACUGAUCAUUAUUUGACCUUAGGUUAAAACACAUUGCAGAUAUUUUAACUUCUUUGUGCUCGACAUAACUGCAGACAAAACUGCAAUUCCACUGGUCACUAAAUGAUGCAAAAUAGAUUACCUACUUGCCAGUCUCAAAUGUAGGUUUCAGAUUUUAAGCACUGUAUUCAUCUGAAACUACAAAAUAUUUUUUUAAUGCUUUUUAUUCUUACUUUAGCAUAUAUAUUAAUGAAACUUUGCAGAUUGACACUCUGUAGCUAAAGGCAGCUCUUUGAAAUUGUUUAUGUGUAGAUAUACUUUAAACAGUUUAAAGUUAUGGCAAAUUCAGUAUUUGUCGUUCUUUAGUUUAAGUAUCAGACUUCAAAUGUUGAGGCUGAAAGCAAUCCUUUAUGUUUACAUGGCACAAAAUCCCAAAAUUUGGGCCUGCUAAACAUGAAGUAUUGCCCAUUGCCAUGGCACGGGUUAUGCCAACGGGCUGAUACAGUUUUGAAACCAGUUCAAUUAUUCUUUGGUUUACUUUUAAACAAGUUUUAUACAGUCAAACCUGUCUGAAAAAAUUCCUUUGGAAAAAAAAAAAUUAAAUGGUGUUUUUAUUUGAAAGUUGAGAUUUUAUGAAGGGGCAAAAUUCGCAACAAAUGUUUCAGAAAAAAAGAUGGUAGUCCUUAGACCCAAGUGGUUUCUGUUCAUGUGUGGUUCUAAUAUUAUGUUUGACUGUACUGUCUUAAAGCAUGAAUAAAGUAGAUCUUUAGCAUUUACAUUUUUUCAAAUAUGUUUUUCUUAGUCUAUUUGUAUACAUGGGUAUGUGCUACGUUUGAAUGCAUAAUGUUAUCUGCUUUGUUUAAUUGCAUUUAGCUGAAAAUAAAUUUAGCAGAAAAUAGAAUAAAUUGCCUUUAGCUGAAAAUAAAUUGCCUUACUGCUGAAAAUAAAAUAUACUGCCUUUAGCUAAAAUAAAUUGCUUUUAGCUUAAAAGACUAUGAAAUUAUUAUCCUGUAACAGGCAUUAUUGUUUUUGACUGCAUGGUUGUGUCAUUCUACAAAUUUAAAUUCCAGUGAACAAAAUUCAUUUGAAAUAGAAAUCCAUAAGUUAACCCUUUGCCUGCUGGCGGCAAGUGAUUCUGCCUUUGCGACCAGUGCAGACCAAGAUCAGCCUGCACAUCCGUGCAGUCUGAUCAUGGUCUGCACUGUUCGCUGUUCAGUCAGUAAAUUUUCAGUUAAAACCCCUUCGAAUAAUAAAUGGUAUUGCCCAUAUUGAAAGAUGGACCAGUCCAUUUUAGAAAUUUAGCAGGCUAAGGGUUAAUUAAAUUCUUCCCAGAAAAUAGCUGCUUUGGCCAAAACCAUGAAAUACUAUCUUUAAGAUGAGUCUGGUGAAAGCUGGUGGGCAGCAUUACCAGUAUUGUAUCAACUUUCAAUUUUUCUGCAAAGACUAAUCUCUAUUUUUGUGUAGAUUUUGUCAAAUCUUAUUUGAUAUUCUUGAAAGGAAAACUUGGUAUCAAAUCUGGUAUUGCUUCAAAAGUAGUCUCCUUAUUUAUGUCCAAAAUGACUAAUUCUCACUUUGAAAGUUUGAAAAAAAAAAAGAAUCUCUCUGAUAUGCAAAGUAAUGAAUGGAUUGUCAAACACCUGUACAGUCCAGAUGUAAUGUUUUUCAUCUUUUCAUUGUUCUAUGUUAAUUCAUAUUGUCAAUCAGGUAUAUGUUUUUUUAACCAUUCCAUGUUAAGCAUUUUUCAUUUGUUAUCUCUAAAUUUAGCUAAAGGCCUGUUUAACUCACACCGAGUAGAAGGUGCUCAUGGUGAGCCAUUAUGAUAAGACUGUGCUGGUAAUCCAUCGUCGUCCUUUGUGCAACUUGUGUUGUCAACAUUUUGACUGUUAACGCUCAAGUGACCAAUCUUAAUCAAACUGUUUUCCCCUUGAGAAAGUCUUGGACAAUUUCAUUACUGGGUCAUCUGGGAUCAAAAGCUUGGCUACUACAUGUAGAUCAGUUACAUGUAAUAGGAAAACUUUUUAAACACUUCAGAGGCCAUAUUUUCUAUCAAAUUGUCCUCAACCUUUGUCAGAAUUCAUAUUUUCUAUCAAAUUGUCCUCAACCUUUGUCAGAAUGUUUGUCUCUAUGAAAUUUAGUUAAAAUUUGAACCUAUGGUACCGGACAUCUGGAACUAGUAGGAAACUAGGUCAUAUCAUAGAAAAACAUUUUCUUCCUACCUGUCCUUUUUGAGACUAGGCUGGAAUGUUUGUCUGUUUAGGAUAGAUCUGGGAUAAAUUAGGUUAUUAGGUCAGAUCAUAGAAAAACUUCCUUAACACUUUGGUGGCCUUUUUCAACUUUGUAAUAAAUCUUUAUCAGAAUGUUUGUCUCUAUCAAAUCUAGGUUAACCCUUAUCAUGCUGGACACAAUCGAUUCUGCCUUUGCAACCAGUGAUCAAGAUCUGCACUGUUCGCCAUUCAGUCAGCACCAGUUUGAUAAUCAUUCCUUCUAAUAGUUAAUGGUACAGUCCAAAUUGAAUGAUGGGCAAGUUCAUUCUAGAAAAUUAGCAUGGUAAGGGUUAAAUUGAAAAGUGAGGUACUUGAUCUUGUGUAGUAUCAUGUAUGCCAUUAGGUUGUGUUAUUGAAAAACUUGAUGCAUGAUCUACCUGAUUAACAUAAAAUAUGGUCAAAAUGCUUGUCUCUAUGAAAACUGUGUCAAAUUAGAUACCAGGUUACCUUCGGUAAGAAAUAGGUCUGGUGAGUGAUACAGGGCCCUCUUAUUUUACUAGUAAUGUUAAGUGAAUAAUAGUUAUUUGUGUAUUUCCAUUAUAUAUGGAUGGUCAAAAGUUUGAUGUAAUUUACCAUAGAAAUGAUUCAGCUGCUCUCAAGUCAGAAAGUAAAAACGUAUGCUUUGAACUUUCCUUUUAAUGUAAAGGGAAGUAAUUUAUUUACAAAUGUGUAUUUCAUGAAUUGCUAUCGAUUUCUGAAAACAAAUUGCAGAUUUGUUCUUUAGUUUUCAGAACUUACGCAGUAAUGUUUGCAAUUUCCACUUACAUCAGUCUAAAAGAUCUUUCACAAAUGAUCCUGGUCACCUGUACUGGAGUUUACACAUUUUCAUUUUUAAAGAAAAAUCAGUUUUGUUGAAUUUGGUCAAUAUUUCUGUAAUACAUUGAAUUUUGUUUAGAAAUAUAGUUACCAUACUAACAAGAGCAGAACUUUUGACAGUCUGUUCAACAUAUUUAUCUUUUUUCAUCAUGUGAAACAAAAAUGAGACACUCGUUUCAGUGUGAUAACAUUUGAUAUUUUAAAAUGGUUUGUGCGAAUGUUUAGCAUCUACUAUCCAUAAACAUUGAAAAGACCUCCUACAAAUUUUUGUUAUUAUAUGUUAAUGAUAGGGUAAUAUUUAUAUGAGCCAAACCAUGAGAAAACCAACAUAGUGGCUUUGCGACCAGUAUGGAUCCAGACCAGUCACCAGCUGCACAUCUGUGCAGUCUGGUCAGGAUCCAUGUUGUUUACUAACGGUUUCUCUAAUUGCAGUAGACUUUGAAAGCAAACAGCAUGGAUCCUGACCAGACUGCGUGGAUGCGCAGGUUGGUCUUGAUCCAUGCUGGUCGCAAAUGCACUAUGUUGGUUUUCUCAUGGUGCAGCUCAAAUUGUGAAUGCAUCAGUUAUUUUAAGGUAGUGGACAGAUAAUGACACUCAGCAAGGUCUGUACAAUUAUGCAUUGUUGUUAGGCAUUCAACAUUCUUCUUGCAUAAUUGCUCAUGGCGUUCCGUACUGAGAUAGAUUUCAAAGAAUUCAUAAUUAGCAGGAUGUCAUUUUGGGUCCGCUACCUUAAGACAGGUAUUUAUAUUCUUAUUGCUGUCUUGAUGUCCUGCAUGAGCAAUAAAAGAUAAAAAAUAA